CUUUUAUCUCUUUGUAUUUUCUAUUUUCCUCUAUAACACUUUUAUUUAUACUUUUUUUCUUUCCUGUUGCAAUACCAUGCUGUGCAUUCUUUCUCGUCUUUAUUCACCAUUAAAAACAACUAUUCCUUCUAUUUAUCCUAAGCCAUUCAAUAGAUUCAUGUCUACUAUAUCCUCAACUACUCCAACUACGACCACAAAUUUAACGAGUACGACCUCCAGCUUACGAAAACCAGAACGAAAAAAGAUUAUAUUACGAGAUGAAGACUUGGUAGAAAAGUUUGUCAAAGGAUCUGGACCAGGGGGUCAAUGUAUCAACAAAAGAUCAAGCUGUGUGGAUUUAAAACAUAUUCCAACAGGAAUCCGUGUGCAAUGCCAACAAACAAGAUCAUUGCAAGAAAAUCGUGGUAUAGCUCGAAAACUACUCAAAGAGAAAUUGGAUGACCUUUGGAAUGGAUCACUUAGCAAAAAUGCCAAAAAAUCAAAUAAAAUCGCCAAACAAAAGGCUAGAAGUGCUCGACGGGCAAGACAGAAAUAUGGAACAUGCAACAACAAUAAUAACAACAGCAGCAACAAUGAUAGUAUAUAGAAUGACGAUAGGAUGAAACAUGAUCCCUUAAUUUCUACAGACCUCCCCUCCCCGGAUUCACGGACUCGGCAUUUUGGUUAUUCCUUUUGGUGUUAGAUGAUCUCCACUUCUCCUUUUCUUUUUUUAUUUACGCAUUGACACACGUUUUUGUCCUAUUAUUUAUCAUCUAUAUGUUCUGAACCCUUUCCCCUCCUUUUAUUAUUCUAGUUAGUUUGAUGAUCUUCGGUAUACCUCCUUUGUUUUUAAUAAUAUAUUGAUUCUCGAUUCUUUUUUUUUUUUAUUCUAUCAUUUUACAUGUGCC